CUCAGAUUUGCUUUGAGUAAAGAAACAUGAUCUACGAGAAUACAAGUUGCAUAAUUUUCUUGAAGUUUCUACUUUUGCUGAUCCUGUACUUUGCAGGACUCGUUUCUUCUUGUGAAAGUCACUGUGGAGAUGUGGAGAUCCUAUACCCUUUUGGAAUCGGAAAAGGUUGCUACCUGGAGAAGUCUUACGAGAUCCAAUGUCGUAAUACCACUUCUUCAGGAAGGCAGAUCCCUUUCCUCUCUGCUAUAGGCAAAGAAGUCGUGUAUAUAUCUCUUCCCACUGAAGAAACUUUUCUUAGUUCUCAAUCAAGCGAUAUAGUUCAUUAUCUAACAUAUGGGUUAGUUCGUGUCAAAACCCCCAUAAUAUCUGCAGGAUGUCUGGCCGGUGGAGAAGAGUUCAUAGAAUCAAUAAUGAACUUCACGGGUACCCCUUUUUUCAUUGACGACACAAACAGUCUCAUAGCGGUUGUUUGCAAUGCCAAAGUGUCCCUGACACAUAUAAAGCCGAACAUGGUGGGAUGCGAGUUGAUUUGUAAUACCAGCGAAGACCAGCCUAGCAACAACAUACCUUUUCUCGACAAAGCAGGGUGCUCGAGCAAGAAACUGUCAUAUAGAUCCUAUGAGGGUUGUACAGUAAACCGACCAGAAGAAGCUGAAUGCGAUGGUAACGGAUGUUGUCAGGUUAGUCUACCUAACGACCCUCAACAAGCUAUUGGUAUCAGAAUUGAAAGCAAUGAUGGAAAUUCAACAACAAGAACAAGAGAAGAACAUUGUAGAGUCGCCUUCAUUACAGAUGAAGUCUACACUUUGUACAAUGCGACAAAACCACGACAGUUAUUUGGUAAGAAAUAUGCUACGUUUACUCUAAGAUGGGUAAUCCAGACGAAGAAUCAUUCUUUCCUGAGCUCUUUGCGCUGCGCCAACAUAAAAGAUAAUGGUCAUACUAGUAACUCUAUUGGACCCCAAUUGAAGUGUUUAUGUGACCAAAGCAACAUUUCUGAGAUUACUUAUGUACACUGUGGUUGCAAAAAGGGUUUCACAGGUAACGCAUAUAUCCGGGACGGAUGCCAAGAUGUUAAUGAAUGCCAAACCCUAUCGUACCCCCCAUGUCGAAAAGGAGAAACUUGUGUGAAUACUCAAGGAGACUAUGACUGCGUUGGUGACAAGAAAAAACCAAUACUCAUAGGGGUCGGCUCAGGUUUUGGUGUCUUAGUCCUAGUUGGUGGAGUUUGGUGGCUGAGAAAGUUUCUAAUAAAGAGAAGGGUGACAAAGAGGAAGAAAAAGUUCUUCAAACGUAAUGGAGGACUACUAUUACAACAAGAACUAAACACAAAAGAAGGCAAUGUCGAAAAGACUAGAAUCUUCAGCUUAAGAGAGUUGGAGAAAGCCACUGAAAAUUUCAGCCAAAACAGAGUUCUUGGACAUGGAGGUCAAGGCACUGUGUACAAAGGCAUGCUCUUAGAUGGUAGAACCGUGGCAGUCAAGAAAUCCAAAGUUAUAGAUGAAGACAAGCUACAAGAGUUCAUCAACGAGGUGGUAAUUCUCUCCCAGAUCAACCAUAGACACAUCGUCAAACUCUUGGGAUGUUGUCUUGAGACAGAAGUUCCUAUGCUGGUUUACGAGUUCAUCAUCAACGGAAACCUCUUCCAGCAUAUCCAAGAAGAGUCUGAUGAUUACACUAUGGUAUGGGGAAUGCGUCUGCGCAUUGCUGUGGACGUCGCAGGAGCUCUCUCUUAUCUUCACUCUUCAGCAAGUUCUCCAAUCUACCAUAGAGACAUAAAGUCAUCAAACAUAUUACUAGACGAGAAGUACCGAGCCAAGGUGGCUGAUUUUGGAACAUCAAGGUCAGUGACCAUAGAUCAAACUCACUGGACAACGGUUGUUUCAGGUACAGUUGGGUAUGUGGAUCCGGAGUAUUACCGGUCCAGCCAAUAUACAGAAAAGAGCGAUGUUUAUAGCUUUGGAGCCAUUCUAGCUGAACUUAUUACUGGAGACAAGCCUGUCAUAAUGGUGCAAAACACUCGAGAAAUAGUAAGCUUGGCAGAUCAUUUUAGAAUCGCCAUGAAGGAGAAUAGACUUUCUAAUAUUAUGGAUGCUCGGAUAAAAGAUGAUUGCAAACCGGAACAAGUAAUGGCAGUGGCAAAUCUGGCGUUGAAGUGUUUGAGCUGGAAAGGAAAGAAACGUCCAAAUAUGAGACAAGUUUUUAUGGAGUUGGAGAGAAUUUGUACUUCUCCAGAGGGUUUACAGGAGCAGAAUCGGAAUGAUGAAGAAAGCCAAGAGGAGGAGGAGGAGGAAGAAGAAGAUGUGAAUAUGAUAAACAAGGAAUGUACGUCUUGGAGUGUUAGUGUGACUGCUCCAGCCGUUUGUACUGUGGCUUCACCUUCCUCUUCAGAUGUUGAACCGUUGUUUCCUCGUCUUACAUGGUGUGACUCAUAUCAGGUUAGAGUGAUGGUGAAUAAAUUUGAUAAUCUUGUUAAAGUUAGUUAGUAGAUGUGGUAAGAUUGUAAGCUUGAGUUUCAACUGAGGAUUUAACACAUUGUUUAUUGUAUUUAUGUGUG